CUAACUGAAACUUGCGGCUUUCAGUAGAUUCUGACUGAUUCUUUAUUGCCAUGAACUAUUUCUUUUGCUAUUAAUGAAGUUGUCUUGACAUGAGAUGAAGGUCUAAUAACUGGUAUGACAGACCAUCAUUGCUUAAUCAGUUAAUUAAUGGAUGUUCUUUCGCCAUGAUUGAAUCUCCCGCUGCGAUGCAUGUGUAGGCGGACGGGUGUUUGCUUGUAAGUCCGCGGUGUGUACCUCGAUUCUCAACAUGCAAGUUACAGAUAUUGGAUCUAGAGAAGAAGGGAAAAUAUGGCACCGAAAAUUAGUAACAUCAAAAUUUGGCGCUUUAGUCACUCUGAUUCGAAGCGCGUCUGCUCGUCAAACCAAGACGGUUCGAUUGCUGCAUGUGGCUUUUGACACUACAGGGGAGUCGUUUAUUGCUGGUGACCAUCAUGGCCAUAUCUAUGUGUUUGACAUUAGCAGGAACAGAUUUAAGUUGGUCCAGAAAACAGGACAAGCAUGUACUGCCUUAGCCUUCAACUUGAGAAGAACGACUGAGUUCCUGGUUGCUCUUGCUGAUUAUUCCAUUAAAUGCUUCGACAAGGACACCAGACAGUUGGUGAGUUGGAUGCGGGGUCAUGAGGGUGCUGUUUCUUCCCUGUCUGUCCACAGCUCAGGCUGUUAUGCCAUCAGCACUUCAUCAGACACAGCUCAGCUCUGGGACAUUGACACCUUCCAGAGAAAGAGGAAGCUCAAUAUUCGGCAAUCAGUUGGCAUACAAAAGGUGUUUUUUCUCCCACACAGUAACACUAUUCUCAGUUGCUUUAGUGAUGACUCAAUUUUUGCUUGGGAGAGCGACACUCUUUUUUGCAAGUAUCAGCUGCCUGUUUCACAAGAUGGGCCCAGAAUACACUACAGGACAUUUGCUGUUACUCAAGAUGGAAAAACACUUGCUGCAGCUGGACGCUCCAAUUUAGUCCACCUGUGGUGCCUGGAGAGCCAACAGCUGUUGAGAGUUAUCCAAAUGCCUCCAAAAGUCAGGACAGUAAGAUACCUGGAUUUCCUCCCAGAUAGUUUUGAUGGUGGAUCCAACCAGACUCUGGGUGUUUUGAGCCAAGAAGGCAUCAUGCGCUUCAUUAAUAUUCAGACAUGCAAGCAGAUCUUUGAAAUAGGGUCUCAUGAGGAUGCCAUCACCUCGGCAAGCAUUAGUCCUAAGGGCCAUCAUAUUGUUGCUGUAAUGGACAGUGGUGCGCUUAAAAUCUAUGAAGUACGAAGUCUUACACCAGAAAUCAGUCAGCCUCCUCAGCCUUUGUUGAAAAAGGUCACAAAAGGCAACAGCAAUGAGGGGUUCUGUUUGAAAGUGAAGGUGCAAACGGGAACAGGUCAGCAUCCGGUCAAAACAUCAGGACGCAGAAUCCAAACCAAAGUUCUCCCACGGCCCACUGCUUCUACACUGGAUAACAAAGAGAUUGAUUUGCCCAAUGGCCUGAACAGGAAAAGACUACAAGCAUUACUGAGAGCAUUUGGGGAAUUCCCAGCCAAAUACAGGAUGUUUAUUUGGCGAUCUCUAUUGCAUCUGCCUGAGAACCAUGCAGCUUUCAGCAGUCUGACUGACAAAGGCUUGCACUCUGCAUACAUGUGCCUUCAGGAACGGUACCCCAUCAAAAGCCACAAACUGCAGAGAGGCCUACAGAGAGUGCUUUCUGCCCUUGCUCACUGGGCAGCCAUCUUUGGUGAGACAGAUUAUCUCCCUCUACUGGCCUUUCCAUUUGUCAAACUGUUCCAGAACAAUCCACUGAUCUGCUUUGAAGUAGUGGCCACAGUCAUUGUGAACUGGUGCCAGCACUGGUUUGAGUACUUUCCGAACCCUCCACUUAAUGUGCUGAACCUGGCUGAGAAUGUGCUGGCCCAUCAUGAUAGAGAGCUGCUUCAGCAUUUUGUUGCCUGUGGUGUUACCUCACAGCUGUAUGCAUGGCCCCUUUUUGAAACUCUGUUCUCUGAGGUGCUGAUCAGAGAAGAGUGGCUGAAACUAUUUGACAACGUUUUCUCGAAUCAUCCCUCGUUCCUUCUUAUGGCUGUGGUGGCCUAUGUUACCUGCUGCAGAGCACCACUGCUGCUUUGUACUGACAAGAAGGACUUUGAGUACUUUUUCCAUCAUCGGAACAGCUUGGACAUUGGCGCCAUGCUGAAAGAAGCCUAUCGGCUGAUGGAAAACACCCCUGCUGACAUCCACCCCAGCUCCAUGCUGAGUGACUUUGAACCUCUUACACAGGGACAGUACCCCAUAUUUAACAAAUACCCCACCUUCAUAGUGGAGUACCAGUCCCAAGAACGUGAGAGGAUCCGUCAUCAGGAAGUGGAAUAUCUAAGAGAGAGACAGGAGGUUCAGGAGCUGCAUGCUGAGGCAGUCAGACAGCAGGCUGAGUUUGAGGCCUGGUACAAACAGCAGGAGCUGCUUGUGCAAGGAGAGGAGCAACGUAGAAGGAUCCUACAGGAAGAGGAGAAUAAACUUGCACAACAGAGAGCUAGAUUGGCAGCUAUGAAGCGUGAGCUAAAGGUGAAGGAACUCAGUCUGAUUGACUCUGCCAGAAGACGUUUUCUAAAGCACCAACAGGAUCAGCGUAGAAUCCAGCUCCAGAGACUUGAUGAUGAGAUUCAGAGAAAGAUGGCGCUGCGAGAUCAGGAGACGGCGACAGCUGUUCGUGAUAUAGAAGUAAGACAGAUGGAGCUGGAUGCACAGCGACACCUUUUUGAACAGCAACUGGCCAAGGAGCAGGAGCAAGUGAGUCAGGAGGUGAAAGCGGAGGUGGAAACACGGAGACGCAGGGCUGAGAUGGAAGAUUCUACCCUCCACAACCUCAUUGAAACAGAUGCCGAUCUCAGCCAGAAAAACAAGAGGAUACUGGAAGAGUCUCUGGCAGAGGUGGGGCAGAUGGAAGUGGAUGCUGAUUGGCAGGCCGAGGUGAUCAAGCGAUUGGAGAAAACAAAGGAGAGGCAGGAAAAGCAAAGAGAUCAACUGGUAAACCUUAGUAAGCAAACACGUGCUAAGGAAGAAGAAAUAGUCCAGCUAAUGGUUGAAGUGGAGGGAAAACAGUGGGAUGAUGUGGUAGCUAAACAAACUGAACUGGAGGAGGAAAGACAGGCAGCUGUAAACGCCCAGUGGAGGUCACUUAUCUCUCAGGAAACAGAAGAGACUAAGCAACAUCAAGGCAAGCUGCAAAAGAGUCUGGAGGAUUCACUAAAUCAUCAGAAGGAAAAGAGGCUCCGAUCUUCCUGCUCGUCUAGAGGGCUGCUGCACAAGCCCCAGAUUAAGACCACCAACAUAUCCUUGAACAAUCAGUCCCCCUCAGAUAAUUCAUCUUACUUUUCUUUAGAUCGUGGCCGAGGGGAGCUUGACUGUAAGGAAAGGGAGUUGAUGGAGGAAAUCAGGGAACUGAGGACAAAAUUAGCUACCAGGGCCAGAGUUACUGACUUCACCUCACCUUCAGCCAUCUCUUCUAUACACUCUCACUGACUACUGACCAUCACCACCAAGACAAGUGCCAGAGUGGGUGAAACCAGGCACACAUUUGAUAGAAUGUUUUUAGAUGGUAUGAGAAGCUCAUUUUGUUGUGAAUUAUUUGCUUUACAAUGACAUGAAUCCUUUUUCCUAUAGUUUUUUUUUUUUUUUUUCAGUGUACAAUGUUUUUUUUUUUUUUAAUAAAGUCUAUGAUGGAAUUAUUAUUUUAUGUGAAAUAAAAUUCAUUUUCUUCAUGAGUGACAAAUGUCACUUGAUUUCAUGAUUGUUGUUAUAGCAAAUGUAAAUUGUAUUUUGUGUUUUUGCUUUUUCAUGUUUUGUAUUUUAAAGUGAAGAAUAUGAUUUGAUUUGAAAAUGUGCCUUAUUUUAAAAUGAACGUUUGAUUAA